AACGUCACACUUUGACAUCAGUCACAAAAUGGCAUUUGUAGAAUAUUAUAAUUGAUAGUAAUAAUCUGAAUAUUCCAUUUAAUGUUAAUUAGUUGAUAUCAAUAUUUAAACUAAAAUCAGUAUCUUGUGUAAUUUACAAUUUUGACCUAUUGAAAGACUAAAUUUAUAAAAUAAUAAAAAAUGGGUAGGUCCAGAUCGCGUAGUCGUUCACCAAGAAAACAUCAUAAAAGUAAGCAUCAUAAAAGAAGUAAAUCUAGGGAAAAAAGCUCUAGUAAUUAUAAAAAUGAUCGAUUGGAGAAAGACAAAGUGAAAGAUAGGAGCCUUAAAUCACGUAAACGUUCAGAUUCCAUUUCAUCUACCUCCAGUAGUGACCUUUCAGAUGAAGUAACUAGAAUUGACAGAUACUCAAGCAAAAAGCACAAGUUACGUAAAAUGGAUGAAGUGGAAAGAUUAGCAGAAAUGGAACGACAACGAAGACAAAGAGAGGCAGAACAGAGGUUAAUUGAAGAAGAAACUGCUAAAAGAAUAGAAGAAUUAGUGAAAAAAAGAGUAGAAGAAGAAUUAGAUAAAAGGAAAGAUGAGAUUGAGAGAGAAGUAACCAAAAGAGUAGAAGAAGCAAAACGAAUAAUGGAAAAAGAAAUGAUGGAGGAUUUGGAGAAGAGACGAGAGAAAUUGAAAGAAGAAGAGAAACGACGGGAGGAAGAAGAAAGGAAAAAGCAAGAAAUGGUCGAGAAGAUUCUUGAAGAGAAUCAAAGAAAAAUCGAAGAAGCUCAGAAAAAAUUGGCCGAAGAGAGGUUAGCGAUGGUUGAAGAACAACGUAAAAUCGACGAAGAGAGACAGAGACUAAGGAAGGAACAAGAAAAAAGGACGAAAGAAGAACAGAAAAAAAUCUUGGGAAAGAAUAAUUCCAGACCGAAGUUGUCUUUUUCCUUAAAACCGGUUUUAUAGCCAGUGAUAUAGGUACGUGUGAAAUGUACAUAAAAUUUAAACUUUUUUUGUAAUUUGUAAGCUAUCCAAUAAUAAUGGUCUAUUGAAAAUAAAAUAAAAUUUUUUUUAUCAUAAAAAAAUAUGUAAUUGAAUAUUUAUUGUUUCCAUGAAACAUAUAAAAAUUUUACAAGAU